UGUUGUGAGGGCACAACGCAGUUGGAUACGAAAAUGAAGUUUUUCAAAGAAAUACUGACUUUGCUACUUACAGUUGCCACAGCAACAGCGUGUGACGUCAUGAAGGAUAUCCAUAGCGAUUCAAUACAAACACUACGAUACACGCUGAGAAAAUUCUCCAAACCACGUCAUCACAUCACCAAUCCGCGUGGUAAAGAAAGGGCAAGGAAAUACAUCAGAAAAAUAUUUGCCAACUCUGGGCUACAUGUUUGGUCAGAGUAUAUUGACACGCAGCCGUAUUUACGAGGUGAAAACAUUAUUGGGAUGUUGAGAGGGAAACACACAGGAACCGCAGACGAUAGGAUUGUGAUUGUGGGCGCGCAUUACGACACAACCAGCCGAACAAGAGGUGUUGACGACAACGGUUCGGGUGUGACUGCCUUACUGCAGGCUGCAAAACAGAUAGGAAAAUCUGGCUGUCGUUUUAAAAACACGAUUCUUUUUGUGGCCUUCGACUUCGAAGAGGACACGGCAGAGUCUGAGCAUCCUAUACCGUUUGGAAGUCAAUAUUUCGUACAGAAUCUGACCGAGUAUCUUAGCCAGACGGGUGGCACAGUGAAAGGAGCGAUUAUUCUCGAGAUGUUAGCAAACCACAAUACAUCCAAAGGUUCUCAAGAAUUUCCACCCAUGUUUUCCUUCAUUUCCCCUGAAACGUAUAAAGAAGUCACACUUGAUGGAAACAGAGGAAAUUUUCUAGCCGUUAUUGGUAGGAGAAGAACAGAUGAAAUUAUUAUGAAAUCGCUGGCACAACACUACGAAAGAGACAGGAAUUUCAAAAUUCAACUCGUGCCUAUUCCUCUCUCGGGACGUCCGUCCCAGUCUCCGUACUCCGAGAAUCUGCGAGAUUUCUAUCGGAGCGAUCACUUCAAUUUCUGGGAAAAUUCUGUUACGUUUCCAGCGGUAAUGGUCACGGACACGUCAAAUUUCCGAGGAGAUAUGGCCAAAUGCUAUCACAGAAGAUGCGACAGUAUGAAACAUAUCGACUGGAGUGACUUGGAAUUCUUGAGAAGGAAUACCGACGCUGUCAUUAAAGCCACUUUGGAGCUCGGUGAAAAAGUGACAGGUCAUUCCAACAACAUUCGCCAUCCGAUCAAAAAGACAAAUGCAGGACUAUUGACUUCAACUAAAACUGUUGAUGCCGAAACAAAGACGGAAGACGACCAAGCUAUAGUUUUCAAUAGCUAUUCUCAAGUGGUCUCUUACACAGUUCUGACUAUAUUUUUAACCCUUAUCAACUGUACAUUUGUAUAAGAUAAAAUUUGAUAACGUGC